GUUGAGGGAGGGAAAUAAAUUCAUUUUCAAACGAAACCAAAUGCACUCACUCGUAUUUCUCGAGCCCGCUUCUCUCUCUCACACACACACGCUCACUGAUGCUUAAUCUCUCUCUCACACACACUCAUACAUACACAGAUUUGCCCUAAACAUCUCAUUUAGGGCAAAUUGAUUCAGAUCAACACAAGUUCGAUUCAUUGAACAGGGCAUCUGUGAGUUCUAUCUUCAUUUCUCGGUGUUCCUAUCAUAGAGGGAGUGUUGAUUGUAUAAGGAAAUAGCAUGGCGAAGGUUGCUGUUCAGGGUCCUUCAUCUACCAAUCCUCUUCAUUUUGGCGGGGGUGCUUCAAAGGCCACCACUGCAGUUAGAAGAAAAACACCUUCGGAGUUGAGGGGAGAGCAAUUGAAGCGAAGGAAAGUUGUGGAGCUCGUAGAUGAAUCUCCAUCUCCUUUGCCUGGUUCUUUGAAGAUUAAUAGUGGGCUUAAGAAACCAGAUUCAUCGAGGAAUCCAAGAUACAUUGACACCCAUGUUGACAAAGUAUUCCCUGUGACAAAAAAGAGCAUUAGGCUCAGGAUGCUUUCUAGAAAAGAAGAUGACAAGAAAAACCUUCCUGUUGAGCUGAAGAAUACCUCCGUCCCUUUAGAUUUGGCUGCAAAACGUCAACAACAAAUUUCAUGUCCAGAGGACCCUUUUGAUUCAAAGGUGGUUGCAAGAGAUGGUACUGCUCAAGAUUUUAAAACUACUGAGAAAUGUACUGAAAAAAGGUUUUGUGGUCCUAAAGAGCUAUCAUUGGGGGGUGAAAAGUUAUCUGGCCUGGGCACUGUUGAUUUGGAUAAAGCUUUUAAAGAAUUAGUUGCCCAUGAAGCUCCUAAGAGUACCACAUUACCUGCUGAUUCUUCUGAAAGAAGUGGUGAUGCAACGUCAGGGAAUUUUUGCUCUGAAUUCCAUAUUCCUGGAAGAAAGGCUCCGCUUGAUUUUACAUUGAAAACUACCAUGCGGGUGGUGUCCUCUUCCUCAGUGAAUUGGUUUCACAGGCUAGUCACAUCUGAUAGUCAGAAUGGUAUAUCCCAGCUAAUGUCUCAGUUUGGCUGUUCUGGGGCUAAUAAUAUAUGCUGCUCUUCAGAACUCACUUCCACUUCGCAAUUACUCAAUCCAAAGGCUUUAUAUUCAUGGGUUUACCCCCAAUCUUCUCUACCACCUUCUGUCAUAUCCGCUCUAACUUUAUCUGCAGCAGAAGGAGUGCAAAUGGAUUUUUUGAGCAAACGACAUCUGGCAUGGGAGGACUCAUUUCGGAGUCUUUACUACAUGCUUCGUAAGAAUGCUUGUAACAUGUUUUAUGUAUGCACCGCACAGUUUGUGGUGAUGUUCUCUGCCGCUGAUGGUUCGAUGGAAACAAAACGUUCAUGCAACGCUUACAUAUCCCAGUCAACUAGAGGCUUAAGGUCAUUGUUAAGAGAGCAUGAUAUUUGCUUCUCUAUGCCUCUUUGCCAAUCUAAAGUGGAGCAAGUUACUAAAGAAGACAUGGUUGAGCUUUCUGAGAUUGAGAAUCAGAAUCUGGGCCAGAUUCGGUGCCUAGGUUCCAUGUCUGAUGUGGAUAACAGCCCACAAUCUCUGCUGACAUUCAAUGGAAAUGAGAAUGUACAUGGGUUAUAUGAUUUUCUGUUAAAUUAUAGAUUUUUCUUAACAUCGUUGAGUGGUGGGGAUGUUCCUGUACUAUAUUCGCCUGUGCCAUUUCAAAAUGCUGCUCUUUCUGCUCCAGAGGUUAGAUGCAAGGAGGUGAGGAAAGCUGAUCAUAUUUCUUUUCCUCUAAAAGAAGUUGAUGCGAAAGAGGAAUUUAAUCAAGAUUCCUCUGCUGAUUUCUGCUAUAGCGUUGAAAUCAAGGAUGCAUAUCUUCCACCAUGGAUAAUCUCCAGUGUGUGUGAAGCCAUGGGCUCUAAGGCAACAAGCUUUGAGGCAAGUUUUGUGACUGAACCCACCUCAAUUGGCUUGAAUGUUGGUCUUGAAAUCGUUCGCCAGAAAUCCGAUCCUCGAGCCACAGCAGUAGAAGGCUUGCAAGAGAGCAGUCAUGCUGCUUUUGGCAUCCGAAAUGCCAUAUAUUAUCCUCAAUUGCUUUCUGCCUUUUUAAAAGGCUUGAAGUACUGCAAUGGUUCUUAUACAGCUUCUCUUUCACCUGUUUGAUAUGCUGUUUUACCACCCAUCACUUCUCAUAGAUGCAAUCAUGAACUCUUGGUUUCACUAUGCAUUGCUUAUCACUUUUGUCAUUUUUCUCUUUUCUUUACCAUUGACCUUUCCUAAUGUAUUAUUGGCCUCGUAAUCUUAUUACCUUGCACUUCAAUAUAACUUGUAUUAUUGGGAUUUUAAUUGAAGGCAUCGAUUUAUUGGCGUGGCUA